CAUGAACCAGCCACCAUAGAUUCUCUUACCUAAGCCCAUAACACACGAGACAAAAGACCCUUUCAAAAAAAUGUCAAGAACAAAAACCAUGUCUAUGUUCUAUCAAAUAAAUGUUUCUUAUUUAUUCCAAUUUCAAUUCCACUCUCUUUCCUAAUUUGUCUUUCAAACUUUCAAGUAACACAAAUUCUUCUUCUGUCCUCUGUUUCAUCUCUUCACCACAAUCCAACCUUCGCGUGUUUGAUGAUUUUUCACAAUCCCCUCAUCUGGAUAUCCUCCAUCAUCAUCUAAAUCCGAAGCUAGCUUGAUUUUUUUUGUCAAAGUUUGUACCUUUGACUUUUUCUCCUUGUGUCUGAAAAUGGGUGGGAGCGAGAACUUGAAGGCUAUGGUUGUGGGUCGUUUGUCUGAUGUCAUCAGGGAGAUUUCCGGGUUGCCGGAAUGUCAAAACGUGUGCAAGAGGAUGUAUGGGAAUUUGAUCCGUAGGGUGAAGCUUUUGAGUCCUUUGUUUGAGGAAUUGAAGGAUUCUGAUGAAUCCCUUUGUGAAGAACAGCUUGAAGCUUUUGAAGCUUUAAGGGUUUCUUUGGAUUUGGCUAUGAUCCUUCUAAAGUCUGUUAACCAAGGAAGUAAGCUUUAUCAGGCUUUGCGGAGGAAUGAUGCAGCGGAUAAGUUCCAACUAGUAACUGAAAAAAUUGAAGCUGCAUUGAGUAAUAUUUCAUACAACAAACUUGAGAUAUCAGAGGAAGUUCAAGAACAGAUUGAGUUGGUGCAUGCUCAGUUCAAAAGAGCGAAAGCUCAAACCGAAUUCGCUGAUUUACAACUAGAUUUGGAUAUGGCUGUAGCACAGAAAGAAAAAGACCCUGAUCCUGCUAUACUCAAAAGACUUUCCGAGAAGUUGCAUCUGAGGACUAUAAAUGAUUUAAAGAAAGAAUCUAGUGAGUUACACGAAUUGGUCAUAACAAGCGAUGGAGAAUUAGCGGACAGUUUUGAAACAGUCUCGUCUCUUCUUAGGAAACUGAAGGACUGGGUGCUCACUGAAAAUCCUGAGGUUGAUAAUGCAUACGAGAACGAGAAAGAGUCAAUUAAGCACCGGUCUCCGGUAAUCCCAGAUGAUUUUCGAUGUCCUAUAUCGCUUGAACUAAUGAAGGAUCCUGUAAUUGUAUCUACCGGUCAGACAUAUGAAAGAUCAUGCAUUCAAAAAUGGCUUGAUGCUGGUCAUAGAACUUGCCCUAAAACACAGCAAACGCUUUUGCAUACAGCCCUUACUCCUAACUAUGUAUUGAAGAGUCUGAUUGGUUUAUGGUGCGAAAGCAAUGGUGUUGAGCUACCAAAGAAGCAAGGUAGCUGUAAAACAACGAAAUCCGGAACCAGUCUUUCCGAUUGUGACAGAAUUGCUAUCAAAGCUUUGUUGGAUAAACUAACAAGUAACGAUAUUGAACAGCAAAGGGCGGCAGCUGGUGAGCUCCGGUUGCUGGCCAAGAGGAAUGCUGAUAACCGAGUCUGUAUUGCCGAGGCAGGAGCGAUACCGCUUCUCGUAGAGUUGUUGUCUUCUGGGGAUCCUCGAACUCAAGAGCACGCCGUUACAGCGCUUCUCAAUCUUUCCAUCAACGAGAGUAACAAAGGAACUAUAGUAAACGCAGGAGCUAUACCCGAUAUUGUUGAUGUACUGAAAAACGGAAGCAUGGAGGCUAGAGAAAACGCAGCCGCGACUCUCUUUAGUUUAUCGGUCCUAGACGAGAACAAAGUUGCAAUAGGUGCAGCAGGAGCUAUCCCGGCUCUUAUAAAGCUACUUUGCGAAGGUACUCCAAGAGGCAAAAAAGAUGCGGCUACAGCUAUAUUUAAUCUCUGUAUUUAUCAAGGAAACAAAGCUAGAGCUGUAAAAGCCGGGAUAGUUGCUGCACUGAUACGGUUUAUGAAGGACGCGGGGGGUGGGAUGGUUGACGAAGCGCUAGCUAUAAUGGCGAUCCUUGCAGGCCAUCAUGAAGGCAGGAUGGCGAUCGGUCAGGCCGAGCCAAUCCCUAUUUUAGUCGAGGUUAUACGAACCGGAUCACCGCGAAAUCGGGAGAAUGCUGCUGCGGUUUUGUGGUCGAUAUGCACAGGAGAUUUACUGCAAUUGAAACUAGCCAAGGAACAUGGAGCAGAAGAAGCACUUCAAGGAUUAUCAGAAAAUGGAACUGAUAGAGCUAAGAGAAAAGCUGGAAGUAUAUUAGAACUGUUGCAAAGAAUUGAAGGGGAGGAUAGUUUGCAAAAUUCCUAGCCUAAGGUGUAUAACUGUAUUGUUUAUACUUUAUAGUUCAAAUAUAGAUUGGUCAUUAAACUGUGCAGAAACUUCAUAAAUAUUCAUAUUGUGUUUGGAUGUCAUUUGUUCUUAAGAAAUGUUGUAAAUUAUCAUUUAAUAAAUGUUAUGUGAGGAUUGUAUCA